AAGACCACCGUCGUGUCAACAAGUGAAUUCAGCUAGCUUGCUAGCGCGGCCUCGAGCUGCUUACUUCCGGGUCACGAUAGAAACGUCACACUAAAAAUAUUCGAAACUAAAAUCCAGUCUUUAAAACGCUGAAAACAAUGAGUUUAUUUAUUUUUUUUUAUUUUUCGAAUUAACUUCACUUUAAAUAGUCUGAGUAUGAGUUUUGAUUUGUUUUUGUGUCACGUUCCGAUCGUGCCCCGGAAGUAAACAGAACCAGGCCGCAUUCGCAGGUUAGCUGCGUUAGCUAAUGUUGAGACGACGGGGGGGUGUAGUUUGUUUGUGAGAUUUAGCGAUACGUGGUUCGAUUCCAAAAAAUCCUAUUUAGCUAAAUGAGUGGAAAAGUCAGCCGGGGGGCGGAUUCAAGAUGGCGUUCUGAUCGGUCCUUCCUGCAACGCUCUGCACCCACUCGAGUUAAGAAACUUGUGAAAUACUCUUUCAAAACUGUCCUUUGUUUAUUUUACUCGAAUUUUCGAACAUUUCCAAAGAUUUUGAGGCCAACAUGGUUAAAAAGCGUGACCAUUCGGCUGUGAUUGACUCAGAGGAUACUCGUGCGGCAGAUGGCGCGCUAGCUAGCGGCGGCCACGACUACUCGAGAGACCCAAACGCCAUGGAGUCUGGUGACUUUGAAGAGGAAUUCCCGCCGCUUCCUUUAACUCCAAGUAAGCCACCGGUGCCAAAAAAGAAACCUCAAAAUCCUGCCCUUUCAAAUGGCGACAUUAGUACGCAGCUUGCUAACUUGACUAAGUUAAUUAACAACAGGUCGGAUGCUAUUGAAGAUAAAAUAGUUGGCCUUAACAACAAAGUGGAUGCUGUGGCAAAAGACCUGAGGGGUGUUACCUUGAAGAUGGCUGCUCUUGAGCAACGGAUGGAUUCUCUUGAGACGCCAGUUAAACUCUUACAGAAGCGAAUGGAUGAUUUUGAAUCUUACUCAAGAAAAUUGAAUCUAAAGCUUGUGGGAGUUCCUGAAACGGAAAAGGAAGACAUCCGCCAUGUUGUUAUCAAGAUCUGUCAGAUGGUCCUACCAUCAUGGAAAGAAAAGUUGGUGGAUGCUGUGGAUAGUAUUCAUCGGCUUGGGAACAGGAGACAGGCUACCAACAACACAAGGCCCAGAGCCAUCAUUCUCCAGUUUGUUUCACGGGUGUGCAGGGAUGCAGUUUGGAAGGCGGCAAAAGACUCUCUCUACAUGAAAGAUCAUGGGCUGCAGUUCAAGGAGGAUUUCUCCAAAGGCGACAGAGAGAAGAGGCAGCGUC